AUCCAGGAAGUAGAAAAACAUCAACAAUCCUUCCAGGUUUGGCUAGGGCUAAGUGUUGUCGGGCUGUCAGCGAGAUAGUAUUUCACAGGCGUGAAUUUCCCUGGUGGUUCACUUUUGCUUAUUAUUUACACGCAAGGGAUUUAGUAGUAUUUUAGUUAUGUCGUUGUUUGGCAAGAUUUUUGGAGGAGGAGGAAAGGGAGGAAAGGGACCGAGUCCACAGGAGGCGAUCCAGAAACUCCGAGAGACGGAGGAGAUGCUAACGAAGAAACAGGAAUUUUUAGAGAAAAAGAUCGAGCAGGAGCUGCAGAUAGCAAAGAAAAACGGCACCAAAAACAAAAGAGCGGCGCUGCAAGCUUUGAAAAGAAAGAAGCGGUACGAGAAGCAGCUCGCCCAGAUCGAUGGCACGCUGUCAACCAUAGAGUUCCAGAGAGAGGCCCUGGAGAACGCCAACACCAACACUGAAGUGCUCAAGAACAUGGGCUUUGCUGCCAAGGCCAUGAAGUCUGCUCAUGAAAAUAUGGACAUUGAUAAGGUGGAUGACCUGAUGCAGGACAUUACAGAGCAGCAGGAGUUGGCCCAGGAAAUCUCUGACGCCAUUUCUAAACCCGUCGGCUUUGGAGAGGAGUUUGAUGAGGAUGAGCUGCUGGCCGAGCUGGAUGAGCUGGAACAGGAAGAGCUGGACAAAAACCUGCUGGAGAUCGGGGGACCAGAAAACGUCCCCCUCCCCAAUGUGCCUUCAACUUCAUUACCUUCCAAACCUGCCCUCUACACAGCCAAGAAAGAGGAAGAUGAAGAUGAUAUGGAGGACCUGCAGCGCUGGGCAAUGGAAGCCAUGUAAAUCCAGCACCUAUAACAUCUUACCUGCAUCAGAGCGGAAAGUGGAAGGAAUGGGGGGAGGGGGACGAAUGGACUGAUGGUGGAUGUUUUGUGUGUGUGUCUGAGGAGAGUUGACUGUCUACUUUGUGUAACACUACAAAUAAGCAACAAUGCUGUGGUAUUUCAUUUCCUGUCCCCCUACAGAAAUCCACAGACCCACAGGUGCUCAGUGCACAUGAGCCAGCCAGGGUCUUUUCUACUGAAACUCUGUUAAUGUACCUAAUUAUUUUUCCCCUAAAUUUCAAUACAGGAGUAGCACUCUGUGUAGGCGGGACUAUUUCAGCAGCAGUGGAGUUUACAGUGUGGCGUAAAGUUAUGAGCUCUUUAUUGCGAUAAUUUGUUGAUGUUAACGUCACUGAUUGAAGGGGAAAUUUUCACUGAAGUUAAAUCCUCAGAUGUUUUUCCAACCUACAGGUUUUUUUUUUCUCUCUAUUUAUCUUUAUUGAAAAAAGUAACAUUUUCUUUGUUUGGGUGGAAAUAGAAGCAUGCAGUGGGUGAAGAAUCUGAAGAGCUGUGUGUUUGCCAGAAUCCUAACUUCUUUUUUCAGUCGUGCUUUGAGCUUCCUCUUCUUUUUGCCUCCUGUCGCCAUUUCGGCGACCUCCCACUCCCUCUAAACAUGUCCUCACCUGUAGUUCUUGAUAUUUGGUGUAAAUAUCCAAAAAAAGGGUUUCUCUUUUUUUCAUGUACUGUAAUUCUGCUGUCACCAAGAGGUUCAGUUGAGGUUGUGUGAAGCAUGCAGCGAUGGAAAGUCACAAUACAACUCACACCGCACGGCUAGAAAGAGACAUGUUUAACCUGACACGUUCACCCUGCUCUGUCUGUCUUUGUCCUUAUCAAAACAGUUUUGUUUCAAAUUGUAUAUUGUUAAAAAAUGAUAGUAAUAAACUAUUGUCACACCUUAUUAACUGCAGAUAAAAUUGUGGUUUAUAAAAGAUAAAAUUAUAGCCAAUCUACAGCAUCAACAGUUUUAAAGGGUCAGUUCCUUUAUCUUUUCAAAAUCAUAUUUUGUUUUGUUUUGUUUUGUUUGUCUUUUUUAACAUAGAAAAAACAUCAUUCUAGUACAGAUGGACAAGCAUGUUUGCAUUUCUAUGUUUUAUUUAUCCAGAUGAGAAUAUUAUUUGCAAAAUCAUUAAAAGAUUUUCAAUUCUU